AUGAGGCCCUCAAACAAUGUAUUGCAGAAAUUACAUUACGUCUCACAGAUAAAAUCAAUGAUAGAUGCCAAUGAGGCAACCCAGUGUACUUUCAUUGAAUCUAUAUUACAUGCAUCAAUUGCCAUUGCAAGAAGGGAUACCAAUAAAGAAAUAGAUAUCUUGUAUCAGUUGGAUAUUUCUGGUGAAGAGGCAACAUGUCAAGUGGAUUAUGCUAUUAGUGAGAUGGAAGAUCUCUUAUGUAUCACUGAAGGGAAACCACAAUAUAAAAAUAGGAAUAUAAAGCAACUUGAGUGCUCCUUCCACGAAAACAAAAAACGAAUGGCAGAUCAAGCAUUUAAUAAUAAUGGAUAUGAUUUUCUUUAUGGUAUCAUUUCCACUGCUACGGAAUUGCAUUUCAUUAUGUUCGUGUUAUAUUGUACAAGUAAAACAGAUUACCUGAUAGACAUCUCAAAAAAUGCACUAAAGGGGGGGCAAGAAAGUUUGCUGGAUAGUAUAAAACAAAUUAUUGGGAUAAUUAUUGGAUUGUUAAAAGAUAGGAUAAUGGCAUGUGAUGAACCUGAGAUCAGUCUUCGGCUGAGAAAUCCAUAA